AUGGAUUUCUUGGCCACGGUUGCGGCUUACCCUAAGCCGGAUGACAAAAUCAGAAGCACCAGCUUGAAGGUUGAAGGAGGUGGCAAUGUCGGCAACAUUGUUGAUGACAGUCAAGGCAGGAGUAUAUUAGACGAGCUACGAGAUGAUGGUGUAGAUACAUCCUUUAUUGUGGCAGUUAGAAAGAAUAUACCCAUCUUAAUUGAUGCAGAAAGGCCAAAGGAAGGGUUAGACAAACUCCUAAAAUUAGCUGAUUAUGUUGUAUGCUCAGCAAAGUUUCCAGCAUCAUGGACAAAGGCAUCAACUGUUCCACAAGCACUUGUUUCUAUGCUUUUAAGGUUGCCCAACAUAAAAUUUGUGAUUGUAACUUUGGGGAAAGAUGGUUGUAUAAUGCUGGAGAGAAGUGUUGAUGGUCCUUCCUCGGAAGAAGUGGAUGUAGACAGCUUAUUGGAAUCAUUGGAGAUAAAAAGGGAUAAGAGUGUAUCCAUUCCAACCUGCAUAUCAUGAGUAAUGUCAGCAAAACCCAAAAUUCUUUUUCUUCUGUUUUGGUAUUACUGAAGUCUAACACCAAGCUUUAUGCCACUGUGUGGGGUAGGCUACUUAGAUCAAAUU